UAGUCUAGUUACGAUGAAAUGGAAUCGUUUCAAUUCAACGUGGUCCAUGUUUGGAAGAGAGGUAUCUUACUCUACUCGAGAUCAAUAUUCAAUUCAUUCAGAGUAUAAUUAUUUUGGAUUUCUCUGCUCUUUUUUUGCUAGGAGAUUUCUCUACACUUCUUAUUCACUGUUUAGAAACCUUCCUUUCCAAAUCUUCCAUUGUUGUUUGUCGAUUUUGUGUUUUUUUCGCCGAAGCUCUGAAACCGAAUACAUACAUGACCUCCGCAAACGCACUGGCUUACUCUUCUCCAUUUCUCAGACUCCAUUGCUCCAUGCCUCGCCCUCCUAAUCGGUCGCGCCGAAAACCCAGAAGAACCUCCUUCUCAAAGCCCUCAUCUCCUUCCUCCUCACCCUUAUCCACCUUCUCCGCCUUUUCAGAUGUCUCCGACUCUAAAAUCCAGACUGUCAUCGACCUCGACCACCUCUACUACUCCACCAAACUCAACCGUUUCAUCGCCGCGGGCAAGGACGCUUACACUGACUUACAGACCCUAAUCACCUUCGACGACGACCGAAGGCUCGUCGUUUCGUGCCGCCGGUCCACGCUGCAUUUCGCGGGGAGUAUGGUCGUUUUGAGUUGUGUGGUCGUUUUGGGGUUCAGGGUAUUCUUUGGAUUGCUGAAGUUGGUUUCCAGGAGUAGAUUUGGGUCUGGAAGGUCAGCUCCCGUGGUUCGGAGGGAUAGGAGUCUUGGUGGGAAAGAGGUUGUGGUUGGGGCUGGGACUGGGACAAGAGGGAACUUUGUUUCGAGGGAAAAGGGGUUUGGGGGUUUGAGUAAUCCGUUAGAGUCGACCAAGGAGGAUGCCAUUGGUGGUUCCCAAAGGGCUCUGAAGAACUGGGCUCGGGUCGGGAAGAGGUUGCCCAAAUGGUGGCCAAAGUUGGAGAAACAUCACGAUUUAAUGACGGAUCAGCAAGAGUACCAGAGGGAAGCCAACAGAUUGGUUCGAGCAAUGACGGACAAUAGACUGAGCGGAAAGGACAUUGUGGAGCAUGAUAUCAUUCAAUUACGUCAAAUAUGCAGGACAUCUGGCGUACGAGUUUCCUUUGAUACAUCAAAUACACGGGAUUCCUUCUACCGUACAUCUGUUGAUUAUGUCCUAAAUGUUUGUGGCAGGGCGCCAAGUUACUCAUCCUUAAUUCAGAUUGAUGGCGAGGAUGUACGUCACUUUAUUGCUGGACUUGCUGAGGACAUUGGACUUGAAAACACUCGCGCUGGAAGAAUUGUGUCUGCUGCCGUGGCUGCACGCACACGUUCACGAUUUUUGCAGGCUUGGGCCUUGGAAAUGCAAGGUAAACAUGAUGAAGCAAUGUCUGAGCUGUCAAAGAUAUGCCUUAUUCUACGAAUAUUUCCUCCAGACGAAUCAUCACCUGAAAUGGAGAUGGUUGCUCGAGGCCUGGAGAAGAACUUGAAAGUAGAACAGAGAGAAUUUUUAAUGAGUAUGCUGAUUGGAUUUUGUGAUGAAGAAAGUCAGAGAAGCGCAGCAGAAGCCCUGGGUUUGAUGCCAUCUGCUGGUGGUGAUCUACAAUAGAACAAGUACAUUAUGAAGGUUUUGUGCGGCUAGUGUGGCAAAAACUUUGAUGGAUUGUGUGUUGACUACGAAAAUUGUGGGUAGGGAUCAUUUAAUUUCGCUCGUUAGAUGUUUUUUUUUACUUGUUUCUCUUUCGUUUUGGUGAAAGAGAAACAUGUUUUUGUGGAUAUGGUCCUUGGACUUUUGAUAAUAGUUUAUCUCACUGGAAAAAUUAACUAGAAUUGGAGACAAUCAGAAACUCAAAUAUGAAUUGUUGUCGUUUUGGAAGUUACACAUAUUACUAAACCAUUGACAAGAGUGGUUAAGGCCGUGAAGAUUUACACAUAAUAGGUAAUAAGAAAACUCAGCUCCAAGAGCCUUGAUAAUUUUAUUAUUUUAUUAACUUAUAUAGUGAAAUACAAGAAGAUUCUAGAAGAGGUACACCUCAUUACACUUAUUACAAUACCUAACAAUAAAAGGGAAUAUUCCUUAAAAAGGUAAAACAGAAAAGAUGCCUUCAAUGCUAGAACCGUAGGUGAUUUCUCAAUAAUGACUUGUUAGUAGCUGACUUGAUAAAAGUUGUUAAAUGGGAUUGGUGACUUGUCCCAUGUUACCAUUUCAUUUCUUAACACCUCCUCUCAAACUAAGUGGGGAUUGCACCACACUUACUUUGUCAACAAGAAAUUAAAAUCUAGUACCAGUGAGACUUUUGGUCAAGCAAUUAGCUACUUGGUCAUGUGAGGUAACAUUUCUAACUUCCAAUUGUUUGUUCAGUAUCUUGUUUCUAACAAAGUGCACAUAAAGUUCAAUGUGCUUUGUUCUUGCAUGAUAAACCAGGUUGGAAGUUAAUGCACUAGCUCCCAUGUUAUCACACCAUGUGAUUGCAGCCAAAGGAAAUUUGAUUUCUUAUAGCAGGGACUGAAUCCAAGUCAUCUUUGCAGAAACUUGAGUGAGGGUUCUAUAUUUAGACUCAAUAACUGGAUCGAGACACCACAAGUUGCUUUAUUGAGGACCAUGAAAUUAGUGUAUCACCUAAAUAAACACAAUACCCUGUUGUUGAUCUUCUGUCAUUUGGGUAGCUUGUCCAAUCUGCAUAUGAGAAUCCCAUUAGGCUAAGUUUUCACAAACUUUGAUAUGAAAACCAUGAAAUGGUGCGCCUUUAAGGUAUCUCAAUAUGCGCUUGACUGCACUCCAAUAUGCUGUUGUAGGAGCUUUGAGAAAUUGACUUAGCUUAUUUACAACAAAGCUCAAGUCAGGUCUUGUGUGAGUAAGGUAUUGAAGAGCUCCAACAAGACUUCUAUAUUCUGUAGGAUUUUCUAACAGGUCACCAUGAGAACUAGACAAUGUUAUUCCAACAGUCAUUGGAGUUGGGCAUGGUUUCAAAUGCAACAUUUGGUUUUCUGCAACAAUUCAUGAAUAUAUUUACCUUGGUUGAGAUAGAUACCUGUCUCAUCUCUAGUCACUUCAAUUCCCAGAAAAUAUUGCAGUAACCCCCAAGUCUUUUAGAGCAAAUUUCUUGUUUAAUUUAGCAUCAAAUUGUCUUAACUUUGUUAAGUUGUUACCAAUAAUAAUUAUGUCAUCGACAUAAAUUAAUAUUA